AUGGAGGCAUGGGCGCUAGCGGCCGGCGAGCAAAACAUCCAGGUUACCGCUUUAGCUGUCGAUGACCGACGACAUAGCCUCGGCGGGUCCACAACAACGACAACGGCCUCGCGCGCCAUGCUAAUCCGUCAGUCGCCUAUGGAGAUUAGUCGAGGACCGUCGGUCGGCAGCGCAAGCCGUCAUUCUUUGGGCGAUGUUCGGGAUCAGUUUCAGAGCGAUGACGACGAGGCGGAGCCAGGCGCGGACAGCCUAGACGACGCGCUCAGUCUCACGGAACUUCAAUCUGUGUACCACCUGCCCAGCAAGGAGGCGGCUCGCAGCCUUAACGUCAGCCUCUCGCGCCUCAAGCGCAGCUGUCGAGCCCACAAUGUGCUCCGCUGGCCGCACCGCAAGCUGUCCAGUCUGAGCAACCUGCAGGAGACGAUCCGUAACGACAAAAACAUGAGGCUCCUUGACAAGCAGAGGAUCCUGCAGCAGAUUGUAAAUGAGAUCUCUGCGGUGCGGGCAAAUCCCGACCACACCAUCGAUCCGCGGCUGGACGAGAUUCGACAGGCCAAGUACAAACUAAAGUACUACCACAAGACCAAGCACACCCUAGGGUCCUCUUCCGCGUCGAGCCGUAAGCGGCGCCAGUCAGCUCCGUAUCCUGACCAGGCCCUUAACCUCAACCUCAGCGCCGCUGCCAUGGCCCCAAUUUCCGCGGUUGCCGCCGCCACGGCCAACACGACGGCUUACAACGGCGAAGGUGUUUCGCCGCCGCCGCCGCGGCAGCAGCAGCAGCAGCAGCUGCUGCUGUCGCCGAGCCCGUGGGCCUCACCUGGUGGGAGGCCGGGGCCGGAGGGUGGUGGUCCUUUUGCAACCGUCUCGGCGCCGGCGGCGCCGGCGGCAUCCCUGUACACCGCCACCGUCCACGCCGCGUCCGCCUCCGCCGCUGUGUUCCGCGGCGGUGGCAGCGGCGGCAGUGGCGGCGGCGGUGACAGCGUCGAUGGUCAGCUGGCGGCCUCCUUCCCAUCCGGCAGCGCGCUGGCUCGUUUCACUUCCGACCGUGCCUCUUUUGGCGGUAGCGGGUUCUGCUUGCCUGGCGUUGGAGGGUCCGUCAUAGAUGAGAUGCAUUUGUCAAGGGACGGCUGCAGUGCCCAUGCAGUUGGUGGUGGCAUUGGCAGUGGCUGCAACUCCAGCAGCGGAGGCGUGGGACAGGUGCACCGGGACAUGACCAUGAUGGGCCCUAUGGCGCCGGUGGCAGCACCGUCGCAGCGCCCGACGCAGGACAGCCGGCUGUCAGAGCCUGGCGUAGGGCUGCCGUACGGGUUCCCUCUGUCGAUGCAGCCGGGGCCUGCACCUCUGGCCGGUGGAACCACUGCCGUCUCAUUGAAUGUGCAGCACAGCCAACACCAGCUACAGAUGCUGCAACUUCAACACGGCCACCGCGAAAACCAUCACCAUUACUAUGCAUUCCAGCAGCAGCAGCAGUGGGAGCAGCAACAGCAGCAGCAGCUGGUCGGCGGGCUGCGGAGGCCCAGCGUCGGCAUGAUGGACGAGACCACUGGUGUGGUAUAUCCGCUGCCAGGCAUGGGGCCCUGGGGCCGCAAGUCGGGCCGGCUGUCGGAUGCAUCCAUGGACGGAGUCAGUUCGGCGCCACCGGCUGAGGGCGCCGCCGUAGCCACCUCUGUCGCGCCCAACCAUUCUGCCCCGUCGAGCUCCUUAUGGCCUUCGCCUCCACCGCCACUACCACCGCAAUCCGCGACCUCGUGCCAGAUGCAGUUGAGCAACCCGUCGCCGCAUCUCGCGCAGGCUCUCGGCUCUCCGCCGCUGUCCACAGGUGGAGUGGGCGGCAGCGCCACCGCCGCAGCCGCCACCGUCACCGCUGCUGCUGCCCUGUCCGCAGGCCCUAAUUCCGCCGGAAGCGUCAGUGGCGGGGCCUGCGCCGCUGAGAGUUUCCCCCUUGGCGCCUGUGCCGCCAUCGCCCCGCAUUCCGGUGCCAACAAUCUGUCGUUAUCUUCGUCAUCAUCGCUAGCGGCGAACGGCUUCGCCGCAUUUGCGGGCACUUUUGGAGGCGGCAAUGUGGACGGCGGCCGCGCCAGCGGCGGCGGUGCGAGGCUCGGCGCGCCGUACUCCCACGGCGUCGUGAACACGUGCUGUCCGCCGCCGCGGUGCUCAUCCACCGGCGACCCACAUAUCAUGGCGGCAGCGGUGGCGCCGCCCCCCGGCCUGGCCGCGAUGGCGCUUCCCCGUCAGGUCUCCGCUCCCCCGCCGAUGUAUGGUUCUGUUGCAACGGGUGGUGGCGGUGGGGCAAGCGCCGGCGGCAGCACCUGCAGCGGCGGCGGAGGGUUUUACGGCGGCAGUACGACACCCAUGUGCGGCAUGCCUGAUGGCGCCGCCCGUGCGCGCUUCCUCUCCACUGACGGCGGCUAUCAGGAGGCGCUGGGCAUGCCGCAGCCGGCGCGGAGCAGCCACACCGGCGGUGGCGCCGUACUAUCUUACAGCACUACAGCGGCGACGGCGGCGGCUGGUGGUGUUGGCAGCCAUCACACUACGCUUCAUUUCGAGGCACAUGUGGGCAUUUCAACGGUGGGCAGCGCUGCUUUGGCGUCAUCAUCACCACCUUGGUUUGGCAUUGAGGCCAGGGUGCGGUCCGGCAUAGUUCCCCCGGUUGCAGCUGCCCAAGCUUCGGCCGCAAUGGCACCCGCUCCUGAGGAUUCAUCACGCACCGCCACGACUGCUGCGGCGCUGGAGACUCACGUUUACCAGGAACAGCAGCCGCUCAUGCAGCAGCAGCAGAUGCACAUGCAGCAGCAGCAGAUGCACAUGCAGCACACCCAGGGCUUGCGGCAGGCUGAGCAGCGACACCAUCAUCAGCAGGAUUGUGUGUCCAUGCAGCACCAGCACGAGCAGUACCAGCAGCAGCAGCGCCAGCAUGCGCGUCAGCAUCCUCAAUAUCAGCACAAGGACUUGCAGCGGGAGCAGCACAUGCACCAACAGCAGCAGUACCAGCAGCAGAACCAGCAGGCGCGGCACCUCCGGCAGGCGUACCUGCAUCAGCAGGAGCAGGCGCAGCAGAAGGAGCAGGUACGGCAGCAAGAGCAGCAGCAGGGGCAGGCGCGGCAGCAGCAGAUUGGGCAUGGGCAUGUGCACGCGGGAGCCCAGGCGCAGCAGCUGGUGCCCUCGUCCGCCUCCUGCAUGGCGCCGUUGCAAAUGACUGCCCCUAAACACCAGCUCCAGCCGCUGUUGCAACAAGCAGAAUGGCAGCAGCAACAGCGCCCAUUUCCUUAUGUUCAGCAGUUCGGAGGUAGCCUGGACGGUGGCAAUAGCGGAUCGUCGCCGCCAGCGACUGAGACAGGCGGCUUUCAAAAUGUGCCGUACAAACCAUAUGGCAUGGAUGGAACCGCAGCGCGGCACAGCGUGGUGGUCAAGACGGGCGACGGCGCCGCCGCCACCAUCGCUGCUGCUGUCGCAAAGCCGCCGCUGCUUAACGCUGCUGGCACCGAUGUCCGCAUGAGCUCAAGUACUGGAGGCGCCGCCGCCGCGCUCGGCUGGGUUGGCAGAGAGGAGAGCAGUCCCAGUGCUGCUGCUCGCGGUAGUGGCGCCAGCGACGGCUGCUGCGGGGAGUUGCCGAUCAGUGCUGGCGGCAACAGUGCCAGCGGUGUGGCACCUAAUGGCCACUCCGUUGCGUGCGGGACCAGUUCUACGACCUUCCUGCCAGGACGCUCCGUCACGACUGGCGUCCCCAUGAGGGCUCCCUCACCGCUUCAGGGUCGCCCGGGCCAGUACCCUCAACAUACGAUUGCGGAUGCCAUGGCCUACGUCGGAGCUAGCUGGAGGAGCCCCGUCAGAGGUUCUGCCGGUGCCGAUGGCACUUGCGCAGACGCCGGUGGCCGUGCUUGGUCCAAGCCCAGCGCUUCUGUAGAAGCUCCGGAAGGGCUGCUCUCAGUACAAGAGUCUUCACCACCACCGCAGCAGGAGCAGCAGCAGCAGCAGCAGCAAGCGCUACAGCAGCCACAGCAGCUGCAACAACCACAGCAGGUACAGCUGCAGCAGUGCUAUGCAGCAAAGUUGGAGCCUUGGGGAUCAUCUUCUGAUUUGUUCUGCCCUUUUCCACAUGACGGCGCCAGCCCGACGGUGGCGGCUGUAGCGGCGGCGGGGGCGCCAGCGCCAGUGCCAGCGCCAGCGGCAGGUCCUUCAGCUGCCGGCAACACCGGGGGCACCGGGCUCGGUACCGCCUGCGGUAGGGCGGAGACGGCCGCCACUGGCGGCGAUGGUUGUGAUGCCGAUGGGUCCGCUGGUGUGAUGCUCGCCAGCUUUGACUGGCUGCUGGAGUAG